GGAGAGAGAAAAAGAGAGAGAGAGAAAAAGAGAGAGAGAGAAAAAAAAUAUCAUUCAGAUCUAUUGUUUUAUCUGCUCGUUCGAGAAAUUCACACGUCUGAUAAGAAUAUUAUUAAGAAGAGAGGCGAGAAGACGUGGACGAAUAAGAGGGAGGAUACGAGGAACGACCAAAACGAAUGCUGUCAAUUAAUAUUCUAUAUUAUUCGUAUCACUUUCGGAUUUACGAUUUCGCCUAGUUCAAUUAUAUAUACAUAUAUAUAUAUAUGUAUACUGUUCUUUAACAAGACACGAGCGAGAUACCGUUUUUCUCUUUAAUCAUUCUUCGAAUUCUACCUCCAGGUUAAGAAUAUAAAUUUAAAAGAAAUAGAGGGAGAGAAAGGAAUAUAUAAAGCCACGACAACGAAAAAGAAAAAGAAGAAGAGGAAGAAGAAGAGGAAGAAAAGAAAGAAGAUAAGAAUCCAUGCGGAGAGAGGGGAAAAUAGAGGACGUGAAACGGCCUACAAACGUAUCUAGAUAUAUAGUUCGCGACACGGGUCCUCGAGUGGACCUUUCACAAUGGUUGUACCUGGUUUAAUCUGCAGUUAAGACUUCGUCGUUCAGAACGGAAGCCAUGCUCGCUUCCGUGCCAUUACCAAGAUAGAGGCAGCGGCAUGAACGCACGAGACUGGUUAAGAAGCGCCAUACGCAGAGUGUCGCGCGAUCUUGAACGAUUCGAAGUAAAGAUCGCGACCAACGAUCGCACGAAAACGCAGUGCGUGCGACUCUAGUGUGAUACAAAAGAAAACAAAAGUGGGGAGAAAUCGAUCGAGGACGGAGGACAGGGGGGACAGUGACGAGAUAUUACGCGAGAUCGGGCGUGCAAAGUGUAAUCGAAUCCUGUAUGUGAAAACUGUGAACUGUGAGAGAAGAGUAGUGGAAUGAGCAAAGGUGAAAGGAAGAGAGAGAAAAAAAGGAUCGACCAUGGAGAUCGACGACAUGCAUGGUGCAUCGAGUCGUUCCUCUAAUUUCGAUACAAUCGAGUCGAAGAAAGUUGAAUCCACGAUUGAAUCCACGUCUCUCCUUCUCGACUCGAGGAAGUGAUCGCGCUCCUUUGUUCUUUCCCAGAAUCAUGAAUCGUAUCAGGGAUCGUAGACAGGAAUAUCGCGCGAGGGACGCAAAAGUUUAAGGAGAGAGGAACUUGAUGAAAAUGGACUCGACGAAGCUGGGCGGGCCAGCCCCAACCAGCCCUAGGGCACACUCGCCGGCCGUGCCGGCUUACGCCUCCACCACGGCGGAUGGAAACAUCGAUUACAUAAUAGGGGACUACAUGGAGAGGCUGGGGACGAGGUUGAACACGUUGGAGAACGAGUUGAGGUACGCGUGGAGGGCGUUGGAUCUGCUCAGCCAGGAGUACAUCAAGAUGUGGGAGAGAUUGGAGAAGCUGGAGGGCCUCCUUUACGAGCAACAGACGGUGAUCAGCCAAUUGAUCGAGUUCUACGCGAGCGGAGGGAGCCACGAGACGACGAGCAACGUGGCGGUCGAAGAGACGUUGGCCAAUCAACAGAGCACGGUGGGCGAGUUGGACGCGAUCGCGAAGAGCAUAGGCGCCACGAUGGGCAUAGAGGAAACGAAUGCGAUCAGGGAGAAAUUGGCGCAGCAGGAGAUCGCUAGGAUGCACGGGCUAACGCAAGACAGCUCGACUGCCGCGGCUGUAGUUACAGACAUGCACAGGAACGUGAGGAACUUGGAUACUCUGGAGACUCUCGCCGAAGAGAGUAACAUUCCAGACGAGGCGUUCUAUAGGAGUCUGAACAACGCUUACAGGGAGGACUUGAUCUGUGGCGACACGUCAAGACCCACGUCGCAGCUCGGCAUGAUAUGGGAGGAGGCGGAGGACGAGGACGUGAACGGGAAGAAGGAGGUGGAGUCGAGCAUGUUCGANCUGUCGCCGCGAAGGAGAAGGAGCUCGAGUGCGAACUAGUCGCGAAACCGAGCAAGGAGGAGAUUCAGGAGGCGGUGACGAAGAAAGAGGACGAAGCGGACGAAGACGAGGGCGAGGUGUUCAGCGCGGCCGAUUACAAGAGUUAUCGUGGGAACACGCCUUGCGUGAGCGAGCAAGAUCUGGCCCAGCUGUCCAGAUUGAGCUCGAUCGACCAAGUUGCCCUGGAGAAAUUGCACGAACUGGACAGGUUGACCAACAAAUUGCAGAAGGAUUCCCAGAAUCUGAUGGAGCUUCAAUCGAAACUGAUGGACUCCCCGAAAAGGCAGUACAGUUCCGAGGCCGAGGCAAAACUGGCCGAGGAGGCGAGCAGCAUAGACGAGCAAUUAAGAAAAAUC